AUGAACGAGCGACUGCCUUCCCUGCCUUUGCCAACACCCGCCCUGCAGGCAUAUUCGUCGGGCACGGCCUCACCGCGGGUUAGUUCUAUAGCAUCGUCUACGAGCUCCAACGCGGACUCGCAGUCAUCCUAUACCUCGGUUGCCUCGUCCCUCGGGCCCAAGACGCCGCCCUCCCUCCUUUCGGUCUCCGGGAUUAGCACCGGUCACCUCGGCUCGAACGCCAUACACACACCUCUAGUUCAGCCAAACAUUGCUGGGUACGAACAAUAUCAAGCAAUGAAUCAAGGAGCAGCAGAGAUGUACUACCAGCAGUCGCACAUGCCGAGUGGCCCGGCGCCUCCGCCUCCGCCUGUCAGCUCUGGUGCGCUCGGUCAGUACAACCCGCACCAGCAGCCACCGAUGAUGCAGUCGGGUCAUGCUCAGUAUGGUAGUCCGUCUCCGUACGGCCAGUACGGCUAUACCAAUGGCCUGACCUCCCCCCCGACCGGUGCCCCGAACGUGUCCAACGGCCUAGGCCCGAAUCCCCAUGUUCUGCCACUCCCGGGUGUUGCUGCGCAACAGGGUAUGCAGGCCAACUACUCGGGCUUUGAUACAAGCGGCCAGUUCGCCCCUCCAGGCAUGAAGCCCCGUGUUACUGCGACCUUGUGGGAAGACGAAGGCAGUCUCUGUUUCCAGGUGGAAGCCCGAGGAAUCUGCGUGGCUCGCCGUGAAGACAACCACAUGAUCAAUGGAACGAAAUUGCUGAACGUAGCUGGCAUGACCCGUGGCCGUCGUGAUGGCAUUCUCAAGAGCGAGAAGGUGCGUCAUGUGGUCAAGAUCGGUCCCAUGCAUCUGAAGGGCGUAUGGAUCCCGUUUGACCGUGCACUGGAUUUCGCCAACAAGGAGAAGAUCACCGAACUGCUCUUCCCCCUGUUUGUCCACAACAUUGCUGCUCUUCUGUACCACCCGACCAACCAGAGCCGGACGAACCAGGUAAUGGCUGCGGCUGAGCGCCGGAAGCAGGAACAGAGCCAGCAGAUGCGCAAUGGCCAACCACAACCAUCCGGCCUGCCGUCUCUGCAGCACCACCAGACCAUGGCACUUCCCGGCCCGCAGCCGACUCUUCCGUCCCACAACAUUGCCACGCCUGGCCGCCCGCAGCUCGACCGGGCGCACACGUUCCCCACGCCGCCGACCAGCGCAUCGGGCGUGAUGGGUGGGAGCAUGAACUCGUCCGAACCGUUUCAGUGGGCGCAGCAGGGCGUGAACGGAGCACAAGGUACAAAUCCAAUGUCAGUCGAUACGAGCCUAAGCAACGCACGCUCAAUGCCUGCCACUCCAGCUACGACGCCUCCCGGACCACCGCUGCAGACCAUGCAACCGUACCCGCCGUCGACCCAGUCAUACGACAACUCGCGCUCUCUCUACAACACGCAGGCAAACGCACCACCUCCGCACCAGCAGCAGCAUCAGCACCAGCACCAGCAGCACACCCCUCAGCAGCAUCCCCAGCAUCCCCAGCACCCGCAGACCUAUGCGCUUGCUCCCCAGAGCAGCAGCCCGCAAGACCGCACGCUUUACAGUCACAGUGCUGCUGCUGCCGCUGCCGCUGCUGCCGGCGGCUAUGUCAAGAGCGAGAUUCCACCGCCGACGAACCGCUCCUCGGUGGGUGGGCCGUCUGGAAAUGAGCCGGUUGACCAGAAGUCGUCCAACGGCAUGCUCCAGCACCACGCCGAACAGGCCUCGCAGUCGGUCGGCCACGCCGUCGCUGAGGACGAGCACGAGCACGAGGCCGAAUACACGCAUAACAGCACGGCGUAUGACACCGGCCGCGCGCAGUACAAUUACGGACCACCUCAGGUAGCUCCGCUGCCCAGCGACCACCACCCCCAUAUGUCGCCUGAGCUGACGGCUUCUGCCAACCACCAGACCAACUCCGGACGCUCGACGCCCCGCAGCGCUGCUGCUUCCCAGGCUUACUAUGCCCAGCCCGGGUACAACACGCCGCCCCGUGUCGGCUCGACCGCUGCGGCUACACAAGCUUCGAGCAGCCUGUACAAUGUGGUCACGAACGACCGGACCAGCUCCAAUGGCGGCGCGUCCAAUGAUGGGUAUGCCCCUUCGGCCGACAUGGGCAGUUCUCUGCAGAAUGGCUAUGGCAACCCUAUCAUGAACGGCGCCUCGACCGGGAUGAAACGGGGACGCGAUGACGAGGAUGACAGGGUCAUGGACCUCAAGCGCCGGAAGACGCUUCUCGACUCUUCGAUGCCGGCAGUGUAUGAUGCCACUAUGAACCGAGCAGCGCCCAUUGCGACUCAACAACGUCACAGAUAA